AUGACCAAGAUCUUGGAGAUUUUACAAGCACUCGGAAAUAGAAAUGAUGGGAAUCCUUUGGUAGACGAGGGGGUGCCCCAAAACACUCUUGUUCACCCAACGGACGUCGUUCCACACUUUUUCACCAAUUAUCAAGAAGGGAAGGCACAGCAAUUUCCACCUUAUGGUCUUCCUCCAGGUUAUACCCCACCCAUAGACACUCAUCUCCCCAACAACAAUACACUGGUCGUGGCUACAAAUCCACAACAUGGUACUGGCGAGUUCCCUCAAGUGCAACCUUCACCCCUUACUUCGGGCUUUUCUGGCUCUUCAUCGCAAGGAAAAUCUACUGAAGCUAAGCCGGUGAUGUUAAACAUACACCAUGAACCUCGACCGCUCGAGAGUAAUCAAUCUCAAGAAAAAUGGCAAGCCUUGGAAGAACGCUUGAGAGUUGUUGCAGGGGGAAAUAAUUAUGGAUUUGAUGCUUCAAACCUAUGCCUCGUUUAUGAUGUUAUAAUACCUCCGAAAUUCAAAUAUCCUGAAUUCAACAAAUACAAGGGAACUACAUGCCCCAAGAACCAUCUUAUUAUGUAUUGUCGAAAAAUGGAUUUUUACGCCCAUGACGAAAAACUGCUAAUCCACUUCUUUCAAGACAGUUUGACAGGAGCUUCCCUGAGUUGGUAUAUGCACCUUGAGCGAGCUCAUAUCAGCUCUUGGAAAGAUUUGGUGGAUGCCUUUUUGAAACACUACAAAUAUAAUCUCGACAUGGCUCCUGAUAGAAUCCAGCUGCAAAAUAUGACAAAACGAGGCAAUGAAACAUUCAAGGAAUAUGCCCAACGAUGGAGAGAACUAGCUUCCCAGGUUGAACCCCCCCUAUCUGAAAAAGAAAUGGUGACCAUGUUCAUAAACACUCUUCAACCUCCGUUUUAUGACAAAAUGAUAGGAAGCGUUUCAUCAAAUUUUUCAGAUCUCGUCAUCAUAGGUGAAAGAGUAGAAAUGGGAUUGAAAAGCGGAAAGAUUGCUUCUGGCUAUACCGGAUUAAAUAACACAAAAAAGUUGCCCGCAGGUGCGAAUAAGAAAAAGGAGGAAGAAAGCCAUUUUGUGGCGUCAAACCCAACUAAUCCUUCUUUUGUGCGUCGCCCUUACGCCGCUGCAACUUCACAAAUCUCAAGUACUCUAAGUCAACACUUACGAGGGAAUCAAGAUUCAUAUGAAAGUCAGGGGAAAAACUAUUGUGGGAGGAAGUUCGUACAUUUCGACCCAAUCCCUAUGACCUAUGCAGAGUUAUUACCGCAUCUGGUUAGCAAUUCUAUGGUUGCACUAUGUCCCAGGAAAACUAUAGAACCACCCUACCCGAAAGGAUAUGACUUGAACGCCGCUGGAUGGUUGAAUUUUAAAGAAAAUGAGCCUAGCGUGAAGAAUAAUCCUCUACCAGUCCAUGGUGGGCCAAUAGUGAAUGCAAUCGAAGAAAAUCACCAGAUACCAAGCCCUUUUUCAUAUAAAGACAACAAAGCCGUACCUUGGAACUAUAAUGUAGAGGUACAUCUAGCUAAACAGAAGAACAAAGAUGUUUCUACCUCUAAAACCACCGCUGUCACGAACGUUUCAGGAAUAGGAGGAAUGACUAGAAAUGGUCGAAUACACUCCCUAGGAAAAUCACAAAGAGAAAUGAGAGUGGUGUUUGAGAAGGCAUACACAAAUAAAGCGGAAAAGAAAGUCGAAAAGGAGAAAGUAGAAAAUGAGGUUUCUAAUGAAGAAGCUCAGGAAUUUCUCAAAAUCAUCAAACAGAGUGAAUACAAAAUAGUCGACCAACUCAACCAUACUCCUACAAGGAUUUCAUUGUUAUCCCUAUUGAUGAAUUCUGAGUCCCACCGGAAGCUAUUGAUGAAAAUACUAAAUGAGGCUCAUGUCACUCACGACAUCACCGUGGACAAAUUUGGAGGCAUCAUAAAUAACAUCACAACCAACAAUCACCUAACUUUCACAGAUGAUGAGUUACCGACCGAAUGGAGAGGGCAUAAUAAAGCACUACACAUAUCAGUAAUGUGCCUCGACCAUAUAAUGUCAAGAGUCCUCAUUGACAAUGGCUCCUCACUGAAUGUCAUAUCCAAAUCAACAUUAGCAAAACUACCUUGUGAUGGUACAUAUAUGAGACCAAGUCCCAUGGUUGUUAGAGCUUUCGACGGGAGUCGCAGAGAAGUAAUGGGGGAAAUCGAUCUCCCAAUUCAAAUAGGCCCGGUCACAUUCGAAAUCACGUUUCACGUGAUGGAUAUUGUACCCGCUUAUAGUUGCUUAUUGGGGAGGCCAUGGAUCCAUUCUGCCGGCGUAGUGCCGUCAACCUUACACCAAAAGCUGAAGUAUAUGAUAAAUGACCAAUUGGUAAUCGUAUCAGGAGAAGGAGAUUUGUUGGUGAGUAAUUUGUCCACCACACCUUAUGUUGAGACAACAAAAGACGCUCUAGAAACUGCCUUCCAAACACUAGAAAUCGUGGACACCGCUUAUGUCGAAACGACACCUAUAGAACCACAUAUGUCCAACACUGCUAUUAUGGUGGCUAAGUUCAUGUUGAGUAGAGGACACCAUCCAUGGCACGGGUUGGGGAAGGAUGAAGAAGGGCUCAAAGAACCGGUGGAACUUCCUGGAAAUAGAGAUAAGUGGGGUUUAGGUUACAAACCCACCAGGGAUGACAAACGGAGAUUGGUCAAAGAGAAAAGAGAAAAAAGAUUAGCUCGAAUUGAAAAUCGAGAAUCAAGAAUCGAAAUGAUUCCCAUCUGUGACAUCCGACAAAGUUUCCAAAGUGCAAGACCAACAAGUGAAAUCCAUAUUGUGGCAGCUGAAGAUGACAUGUUUGAUGGGGAAGCUAAUUGGAUUCGUCCGUGUGGUGUAGGAGCAGAAAUCAGGAAUUGGAAAGUAGUCAAGUCACCUAUAAUAUUUAAUGCAAUUCCCAUGUAA